AUGGGGAGCCUCAAGAUAGAAACACCCUAUGCCGAGAUUGUCCUAGGUGUGGGCAAAGUUACUUUUGGAGAAGAGAACAGGAGAAAGAUGACCAAUAGUUGUUUGAAGAGAGUGGAGAAUUCGCAUAUCAUCCAGGCUAUUUGUGCACUGCUGAAUUCUGGAGGGGGAGUGAUCAAAGCUGAAAUCCAUGAUGAAAACUACCGCUACCAAUGCCAUGGGCUGGGACAAGAUUUGGAAACUUCAUUUCAAAAGCUCCUCCCUUCAGGCUCACAGAAGUAUCUUGACUACCUGCAGCAGGGUCACAAUCUCCUGAUUUUCGUGAAGUCAUGGAGUCCAGAUGUCUCCAGCUUUCCUCUGAGGAUCUGUAGCUUGCGUUCCAAUAUAUAUCAGAGAGACGUGACUUCGGCUAUGAACUUGAGUGCUAUAAAUGCCCUGGAGCUUCUCAGAGAGAAGGCGGCCAGAGCCCAAAGAGGUAGAUGGAGCUUGCUGCAUCCUCAGGAAGUUCUCAACAGAUCCAUUCAGGAAGAGGAAGAUAUUAAGAUAUGUGCCUCAGAAUUUUUUAAAAAGAAUACACUCAUUUAUAAGGAAAAGCUCGACUUUACAGAGUCAACACAUGUUGAAUUUAAAAGGUUCACCACAAAAAAAGUCGUCCCUAGGAUUAAAGAGAUGCUGCCUCAUUAUGUGUCUGCAUUUGCCAACACCGGAGGGGGGUAUCUAAUUAUCGGGGUUGAUGACAAGAGCAAAGAAGUGUUCGGAUGUAAGAGAGAAAAAGUGAACCCCGACUCACUGAAGAAAGAAAUAGAAAACUGCAUCGAAAAACUGCCCACAUUCCACUUCUGUCGUGAAAGGCCCAAAGUGAAUUUCACAACCAAGAUUCUGAAUGUGUACCAGAAAGAUGCCCUGUAUGGCUAUGUGUGUGUGGUUCGGGUGGAGCCCUUCUGCUGUGUAGUGUUUGCAGAAGACCCAGAUUCCUGGAUUGUGAAGGACAAUUCUGUCUCAAGGCUGAAGGCUGAGCAGUGGGUGGUCAAUAUGCUGGAUAUCCAGCCAGCUCCUCCCAGUUUGGCCACAGGCUGCAGUGCUCAUCCGAUUUUAUCAGCUUCAUCAGCACCGAGAAACCCAGCAUAUCUUAGGAAAGUCCUGGAAUUUAAAGAGGAUCUACAGCAACAUUUAUUUCCAGUGGCCCAAGGAGAGCUACAGUUUAAACCAGAAUCCCUCUGUAAGAAGCUGUUCUUAGACCACAUGGGACUGGAGGAAUUAGUGAGGACACAAAUAGAGCCUUAUUCUCAGGGGACUGUGAUCUUUUCUAGAAGCUGGGCUGGCGAUAUUGGUUUAAGCAAAGAGCAGAACGUCCUGUGCGAUGCUCUCCUCAUAGCAGUUAACAGUCCCCUGGUACUCUACACAAUCGUGGUGGAUUCCAGUUGGAAUGGGGUACUGAAAUAUACCCAAGACACUGCUCUUCAGUUAAAGCAGAAACUACAAACUGUUGGUGGCUACAUGGGGAAAGUGUGUGUCAUUCCAAGGCAGUUAUACCUGGAUGGCAGAGAGUACAGACGUGAUGAAUCCCCUGCGCCUUACCCCCGAGCCUACAGCCUGGCCGAUGGGGCCGAGGUGAAGGAUUUGCUGCAGGCUCUGGUCAUCGUCUCACUGAGCUACAGAUCUUUUCUCAGUGACCAGCUGAGCGUUCAGUUCUUCAACCUGCUUGUAGCCAAGCAAUGCGAGUUGCUUUCUAAGAGCCUUCAGGAAACCCGGGAAUUAUUCAUCCACUGCUUUCCAGGAACAAGGAAGACAGCCCUAGCCAUAAAGACUGUGGAGAAUAUUAAGGUCUUGUUUCACUGCAAACCGAAAGAGAUCCUCUAUGUUUGUGAAAGUGACUCCCUAAGGGAUUUUGUGAUCCAACAAAUCACCUGCCAAGCUGUGACCCGGAAGACCUUCAUGCAAGGGGUGUUCCCAAAGGUCAAACACAUAGUGAUGGAUGAGACUGAGCAUUUCUGCAGUAAAUAUGGUGACUGGUACACGAAAGCUCGGAGUAUCACCCACCCCAGGAUGAAGGGGGAUGGAAAUGAAGACACCCACCAGGGUAUCCUUUGGCUUUUUCUGGACCCUUUCCAAGUCCACCAUGCAGAUGCCAGCGGCCUCCCCCCUCCUUCUGCUCAGUUUCCUCGCAAAACGAUCACCGAUGGGGUCCACUGUGCUCUUGAAAUUGCAUCAGUCAUAAAAGAAGAAAUGAAGAGGCUCCAAGAAAACCCACCCUCCAGUGUGUCUGCAGACACAUUGGCCUUAUUCCAGGAGGCUGUGUACGAGGAAGCAAUGUGUGCCCAGGCUCUGCCUGGUGUGUGUGAGAUCAAAUCUAAGAUGACAACAGAACAAAUAGGGAACUACGUGGCAGAUAGAUGUCACAGCCUGUUCCAUGGCGGCUAUCUGCCCCAAGAUGUAGCAAUUCUGUGCUGGAGAGAGCAAGACAGGAGACGCUAUAAGGGUGUGCUGCUACGAGCAAUGGAGCAACACGGAGUCUCGGAGGCUGUGUUCAGACGUGCUGCAUCUGUCUGGGGUGAUCACAUCAUUUUAGAUGGUAUUCGGGAGUUUUCAGGCAUGGAGAGGAAUAUUGUGUUUGGGCUUAGUCCAGAAUGUGCCCAGUCAGAGGAAUUCCAUAAACUGUGCUUUGCCUCAAGGGCCAUUAAACACCUCUACCUGUUAUAUGAAAAGAGGACAGCCUUCUGA